AUGUCAACAGGCGCUCAUACACAACAGUAUGAGGAGUGGUGGUCACAAAUGCAAGGUGGCCUUGAUCAGCUGUACGUCCGCAUGGGUUCCAUUUAUACAUCGUAUCAACAGAUGGCUGUGCAGCACAAUUUGGCAUCCAAGGCAAGGGACCAAGUUAGUGCUCAUAACCUCUCCAUCGCCUCAGUGAUUCCUGAUUUGGUUACUAGGGACGUGUUGAAUUUUAGGCCUCCUAGGGAUGGUGAUUUAGCACAAGCCACACAAGUAAGAUUCAAGGCUCCAAUGGCAUCAACAAGUGCAGCACAUGAGUCGUUCGAUGAAAUGCCUCUCACAGAUGUGCUAUGGGAUGCUGAGUCAUUGCAUGGCCUUGACUGGCAAGAUGCAUUAGUGCAGCAUGAAGCUCAGUUUGGCGAGUGCUUGGAUGUGGACAACAAGGCAAAUUUUCAUCUACUCACCAAUGGUUUGCCCCCUCAUGGCAAUGACAGCUUUCUCACAGAAUUUGACAGGGAUGGUGCAAAUAAAUUGUUCAAUAGUUUGCAGCAUGAAGUUAUUUGGGAUGAGGAGAUGCCAUCUGACAUUGGCACUCAUGAAAACCAGGUGUUUGGUGAUUUUCCUAGCAAGGUUGUGGUGUGGGAUGAGGAACUGUUUCAUGACGAUUCAUAUGAUGGAUUACUGCAACAACUAGCUCUAGGUGGAGAGUGUUGGAAUGGUGAGAAGAUCAGCAUACCUCUCUCACCGGGCAACAAAUGGUCUGAUCCUUUUAGUGAUUUUGAAUCAGUGAAGCUAGACAUGACUGCACAAAUAGACAGAAUAGGCGCCAUUCUAACAGAUGUGGAUCAUGUGAAACAUGCAUUAGGUGCAACAAGUUGUCAGGUUUCAGCAUGUGAGUUCAGUGAGAGUGAGACAGUUGUGCUUGAGAUAAGGCACGAAACAAUUGAGGCUUGUAAAGUUCUCACUGAAAUGCCAUGUCAAGAGGACACACAGCAACUAGUUGAGCAGGUCAUGCCUGGGGUUCAUGCAGUGUCCAAAGGACAUUCACAUGUAUUUUUCGAUGAAAUAUCUCCAAAUGAAAUGGCCACAACACAUCUAGAGCAGGUUGUCUUCAUGGCACCAGGGGUGUUUUAUGGUGUUGCCGCGACGUCUGUGGACCAUCAGAUCUGCAUCCAACUACCACUGUUAGUUGUUUCUUUGAGCCAGAACCAGGUUAGAGCAAUAUUAUUCAUCAUGAAACAAUCUAAUUGA